GGCUGCGCCGCUGCUCCCGCUGCUGCUGACCGCGCGGGACGCCGGGGCUGUGGGACUGGGCGGCCCGGGCCGGCCACUGGGACGCCGGCGCCGAGGACGCCGCAGCAUGAGGCAGAGAUUAACGUGACAGUGUCAGGUGGACCCACAGCCAUCCCACUGCCCGCUGUGGGGAGUGCUGAGAGUGGGGCAGCAUGGAGGAGAGGAAGCAUGAGACCAUGAACCCAGCUCAUGUCCUCUUUGACCGGUUUGUCCAGGCCACCACUUGUAAGGGAACCCUUAAGGCCUUCCAGGAGCUCUGUGACCAUCUGGAACUGAAGCCAAAGGACUACCGCUCCUUCUAUCACAAGCUCAAGUCCAAGCUUAACUACUGGAAAGCCAAAGCCCUCUGGGCAAAGUUGGACAAACGGGGCAGUCACAAAGACUACAAAAAGGGAAAAGCAUGCACUAACACCAAGUGUCUCAUCAUUGGGGCUGGCCCCUGUGGUCUCCGCACAGCCAUCGACUUAUCCUUACUGGGGGCCAAGGUGGUGGUUAUUGAGAAACGAGACGCCUUCUCCCGCAACAACGUCCUACACCUCUGGCCAUUCACCAUACAUGAUCUUCGAGGUCUGGGUGCCAAGAAGUUCUAUGGCAAGUUCUGUGCAGGAGCCAUCGACCACAUCAGUAUCCGUCAGCUCCAACUGAUACUUUUGAAAGUAGCCUUGAUCCUAGGCAUUGAAAUCCACGUCAAUGUGGAAUUCCAAGGACUUAUCCAGCCUCCUGAGGACCAGGAGAAUGAACGGAUAGGCUGGCGGGCACUGGUGCACCCCAAAACUCAUCCUGUGUCUGAGUAUGAAUUUGAAGUGAUCAUCGGUGGGGAUGGUCGGAGGAACACCUUGGAAGGGUUUCGUCGGAAAGAAUUCCGUGGCAAACUGGCCAUCGCCAUCACAGCAAAUUUUAUCAACCGAAAUACAACAGCAGAGGCCAAAGUGGAAGAAAUCAGCGGUGUGGCUUUUAUAUUCAACCAGAAAUUCUUCCAGGAACUGAGGGAAGCCACAGGUAUUGACUUGGAGAACAUCGUUUACUACAAAGACGACACACACUAUUUUGUUAUGACAGCCAAAAAGCAGAGUUUACUGGACAAAGGAGUGAUACUGCAUGACUACGCUGACACAGAGCUCCUGCUUUCCCGGGAGAACGUGGACCAGGAGGCUCUGCUCAGCUAUGCCAGGGAGGCGGCAGACUUCUCCACCCAGCAGCAGCUGCCCUCUCUGGAUUUUGCCAUCAAUCACUACGGGCAGCCCGACGUGGCCAUGUUUGACUUCACUUGUAUGUAUGCCUCCGAGAAUGCUGCCUUGGUCCGGGAGCAGAACGGACACCAGUUACUAGUGGCUCUGGUUGGGGACAGCCUCCUAGAGCCUUUCUGGCCCAUGGGAACAGGAAUAGCCCGGGGCUUUCUAGCUGCUAUGGACUCUGCCUGGAUGGUCCGAAGUUGGUCUCUAGGAAGAAGCCCUUUGGAAGUGCUGGCAGAGAGGGAGAGUAUUUAUAGGUUGCUGCCUCAGACUACCCCUGAAAAUGUGAGUAAGAACUUCAGCCAAUAUAGUAUCGACCCAGUCACUCGGUAUCCCAAUAUCAACAUCAACUUCCUCCGGCCAAGCCAGGUACGCCAUUUGUAUGAUACUGGCGAAACAAAAGAUAUUCACCUGGAAAUGGAGAGCCUGGUGAAUUCCGGAACUACCCCCAAGUUGACUCGCAAUGAGUCUGUAGCUCGUUCAAGCAAACUGCUGGGUUGGUGCCAGAGGCAGACAGAUGGCUAUGCAGGGGUAAACGUGACAGAUCUCACCAUGUCUUGGAAAAGUGGCUUGGCCCUUUGUGCAAUUAUCCAUAGAUACCGCCCUGACCUGAUAGAUUUUGAUUCUUUGGAUGAGCAAAAUGUGGAGAAGAAUAACCAACUGGCCUUCGACAUCGCCGAGAAGGAAUUGGGCAUUUCUCCCAUCAUGACAGGCAAAGAAAUGGCCUCCGUCGGGGAGCCCGAUAAGCUGUCCAUGGUGAUGUACCUGACUCAGUUCUACGAGAUGUUUAAGGACUCCCUCCCCUCUAGCGACACUUUGGACUUGAAUGCCGAGGAGAAGGCAGUCCUGAUAGCCAGCACCAGAUCCCCCAUCUCCUUCCUAAGCAAGCUGGGCCAGACCAUCUCUCGGAAGCGUUCUCCCAAGGAUAAAAAGGAAAAGGACUUGGAUGGUGCUGGUAAGAGGAGGAAGACCAGUCAGUCAGAGGAGGAGGAAGUUCCCCGGGGCCACAGAGGAGAAAGACCAAGCCUGGUGAGCACUCUGACGGACAGGAGGAUGGACGCUGCCCUUGGGAACCAGAACAAAGUGAAGUACAUGGCAACCCAGCUGCUGGCCAAAUUUGAGGAGAAUGCGCCCGCCCAGUCCGUCAGCAUCCGGAGACAGCCGACACAAGAGCGUGGGGCCAGCCAGCCGUCCUGCUGCCUGCCUGGGCAGGGUCGCCCUGCCCCCACACCCCAGUGGAAACAGCCACGGGAAAAGGAGUGUUCUCGGACCUGCCCCAAAAAAGUGAUCACCCUGUCUCCUCCCCUUACUCCACCUCCCUGUCGGGCGUGUGGCGGCCAGCAGACAUACAGGGAUCUUGAUGCUGACAGCCGUGGCAAGCAGAGCCCCCACCAUGAGAGGCCAGAGCCUGAACCUCCUCGUCGAUUUUUUGUCGACCAGUGGGAGCUUUCUCUUAGUCUCCGCUCCUCCGCCCGCCCUGCCUCUCCCUCCUCCGACUCCCUCCGACAGAAGUAUAUAAAGAUGUACACGGGCGGAGUGAGCUCAUUGGCUGAGCAGAUAGCCAAUCAGCUUCAAAGGAAAGAGCAGCCCAAAGCCCUUCUAGACAAGAAGGACCUGGGCUCCAUGAAGAAGGAGUUCCCGCAGAACCUGGGAGGCAGCGACACGUGCUACUUCUGCCAGAAGCGGGUCUACGUGAUGGAGAGGCUGAGUGCCGAGGGCAAGUUCUUCCAUCGGAGCUGCUUCAAGUGCGAGUACUGCGCCACCACCCUGCGCCUCUCAGCCUACGCCUACGACAUCGAGGACGGUAAAUUCUACUGUAAGCCACACUACUGCUAUCGGCUCUCUGGCUACGCACAGAGGAAGAGACCAGCGGUGGCUCCCCUGUCCGGACAGGAGGCCAAAGGAUCCCUGCAGGAUGGCCUCACCACAGACGCAACUGGACGGGCCAACGCAGUGGCCGGCUCAACUGAGAGAACCCCAGGUUCAGGCGUGAAUGGCCUGGAGGAGCCCAGCAUCGCCAAGCGGCUGAGGGGCACCCCGGAGCGGAUCGAGCUGGAGAACUACCGCCUAUCUCUGAAGCAGGCGGAGGUGCUGCAGGAGGUGCCCGAAGAGACACAGGCUGAGCACAACCUGAGCAGUGUGCUGGACACGGGCGCCGAGGAGGACGUCGCCAGCAGCAGUUCCGAGUCUGAGAUGGAGGAGGAGGAAGAGGAGGAGGAGGAGGAGGAGGCUCGCCUGCCCCCCUCUGACCUGGGCGGCGUUCCGUGGAAGGAGGCUGUGCGGAUCCACGCCCUUCUGAAAGGGAAGAGUGAAGAGGAGCUAGAGGCCUCGAAGAGCUUUGGGCCUGGGAAUGAAGAGGAGGAGGAGGAAGAGGAGGAGGAGGAAGAGGAAGAGGAGGAGGACUAUGACGAGGAAGAGGAGGAGGAGUCCAGUGAAGCCGGGAACCAGAGGCUCCAGCAGGUCAUGCGCGCGGCGGAUCCUCUGGAGAUCCAGGCCGACGUGCACUGGACUCACAUCCGUGAGAGGGAGGAGGAAGAGAGGAUGGCGCCCACCUCCGAGUCCUCUGCCUCCAGAGCCCCGUUGGAUGAGAAUUACCUAGAGGACGAUGUGGACUCGGAACCAGCCGAGAUAGAAGGCGAGACAGCAGAGGAUGGGGACCCAGGGGACACUGGUGCUGAGCUGGAUGAUGAUCAGCACUGGGCCGACAGCCCGUCGGAGGCCGACAAAGAGCCGCAUCUGCAGCGCCCAGCUGAGGGGAAGGAGCCGGAGCUGAGGGCGCCAGAAGAUGAGGAGAAGCCCAUCUCAGCGAAGCAACACGAGAGAGGUCCCUCCCAAGCCACCAGCCCCAUCCGGUCCCCUCAGGAAUCAGCUCUUCUGUUCACUCCGGUCCACAGCCCCAAAACAGAGGGGCCCCGACUCCCACUUGUUCCUGCCGCCACCCAGGAGAAACCACCCGAGAAGCACUUUUUCCCUGAGCCUUUGCUUCCCAAAGAGAAGUCCAAAGCUGACGCCCCCUCAGAUCCGAGAGCUGUGCACUCUCCCAUCCGAUCACAGCCAGUGGCCCUGCCGGAAGCCAGGACUCCUGCCUCACCAGGGAGCCCACAGCCCCGGCCACCCCUGGCGGCCUCCACACCCCCACCCAGCCCACUCCCCAUCUGCUCCCAGCCCCAGCCUUCCACCGAGGUCACCAUCCCGUCCCCUACCCAGUCCCCCAUUCGCUUCCAGCCUGUCCCAGCCAAAGCAUCCACCCCACUGGCCCCUCUCCCUGUCCAAAGCCAAGGUGACCCUGAGGACAGACUGGGCAGCCCCCCUGCUGUGGACGAGGCCCUCAGACGAAGCGACCUGGUGGAGGAGUUCUGGAUGAAGAGCGCGGAGAUCCGCCGCAGCCUGGGGCUCACACCUGUGGACCGCAGCAAGGGGCCCCAACCCAGCUUCCCCACGCCUGCCUUCAGGCCAGUGUCCCUCAAGUCCUAUUCCGUUGAAAAGUCCCCCCAGGAUGAGGGACUCCACCUCCUCAAGCCUCUGCCUGUCCCCAAAAGAACGGGCCUGCCAACGCUAGAGGGUGAACUCUUGUCCCUGCCACCACCCCGGUCCCCGUCCGACAGGGAGCUACGCAGUGCGCAGGAGGAGCGCAGGGAGCUGUCCAGCAGCUCUGGCCUGGGCCUGCAGGGGAGCUCCUCCAACAUGAAGACACUGGGCAGCCAGAGCUUCAACACCUCGGACUCCGCCAUGCUCACGCCCCCCUCCAGCCCGCCCCCGCCCCCACCCCCGGGUGAGGAACCCGCCACCCUGCGGAGGAAGCUCAGGGAGGCCGAAACCAACGCCUCGGUGGUCCCACAGCCCUCGCCUGCCACAUGGAUGAGGCCCCCCCGGGAGCCUGCCCAGCCCCACAGAGAGGAAGUGCGGAAAUCUUUCGUGGAGAGCGUGGAGGAGAUCCCUUUUGCUGAUGACGUGGAAGACACCUACGACGACAAGACUGAGGACUCGAGCCUGCAGGAGAAGUUCUUCACGCCCCCCUCCUGCUGGCUGCACCCUGAGAAGCCUCCCCACCCAUCCAUGGCCAAGGAGAACGGGAGGCUGCCUGCUCUGGAGGGGGCACUGCAGCCACAGAAGAGGGGGCUGCCCUUCGUCUCCGCUGAAGCCAAGGAGCUGGCGGAGGAGCGCAUGCGAGCCAGGGAGAAGUCCGUGAAGAGCCAGGCGCUGAGGGACGCCAUGGCCAGGCAGCUGAGCAGGAUGCAGCAGAUGGAGCUGGCCACAGGUGCCCCCAGGCCGCGCAAGGUGUCCUCGGCACCCUCCCAGGGCAAGGAGCGCCGGCCUGACUCCCCCACCCGCCCCACUCUCAGGGGCUCUGAGGAGCCCACCCUGAAGCAUGAAGCCACCAGCGAGGAGGUCCUCUCCGCACCAUCGGACUCGGGGGGUGCAGAUGGCUCUUUCACUUCGUCCGAGGGCUCCAGUGGGAAGAGUAAGAAGAGGUCGUCACUCUUCUCCCCCCGCAGAAAUAAGAAGGAGAAGAAGUCCAAAGGCGAGGCCCGGCCCCCGGAAAAGCCCAGCCCCAGCCUCCCAGAGGAGGCCGCCACCAAACCCAAGUCCCUGUGGAAGUCGGUAUUCUCCGGGUACAGGAAGGACAAGAAGAAGAAGGCCGACGACAAGUCCUGCCCCAGCACCCCCUCCAGCGGGGCCACAGUGGACUCCGGCAAGCACAGGGCACUGCCCAUCGUGAGGGCAGAGCUGCAGCUCCGGCGCCAGCUGAGCUUCUCCGAGGACUCGGACCUCUCCAGCGACGAUGUCCUUGACAGGUCCUCGCAGAAGUCCCGGCGAGAGUCGAUUUAUGUACCACACGCCUUGGCAUUCAGGAGAUCAUAUGCAUCAAAGCCAAGAACCUACACAGAGGAGGAACUGAACGCCAAGCUGACCCGGCGUGUGCAGAAGGCAGCUCGGAGACAGGCCAAGCAGGAGGAGCUUAAGCGGCUGCAUCGAGCCCAGAUCAUCCAGCGGCAGCUGCAGCAGGUGGAGGAGAGGCAGCGGCGGCUGGAGGAAAGGGGCGUGGCCGUGGAGAAGGCGCUCCGGGGCGAAGCAGACUAUUGGGGAGAGUCUUAUUACAGUGACCUCAUCGACUUGCAUCUGGGUGUUGAGCCCAGUGGCGGGACUCCACGGCGUAGACCUCUCUCCUUCUGCCCUUGCUGUGUCCAGGAAGGCAUGGGCAAGAAGGACGACCCCAAGCUGAUGCAGGAGUGGUUCAAGCUCGUGCAGGAGAAGAACGCCAUGGUGCGCUACGAGUCGGAGCUGAUGAUCUUUGCCCGGGAGCUGGAGCUGGAAGACCGACAGAGCCGACUGCAGCAGGAGCUCCGGGAGCGCAUGGCAGUGGAAGAUCACCUUAAGACCGAGGAGGAACUGUCAGAAGAGAAGCAGAUUCUCAAUGAGAUGCUGGAGGUGGUGGAGCAGAGAGACUCGCUGGUGGCGCUACUGGAGGAGCAGCGGCUCCGGGAGAGAGAGGAGGACAAGGACCUGGAGGCUGCCAUGCUGUCCAAGGGCUUCAGCCUGAACUGGUCCUGAGCUCCCACCCAGCGCUCCGUUGGCUGUUGGCAUCCGCCUGGCCAGUCAGUGGCCUCCAAACCACCUGGAGCCGCAAUCUGAGGAGGCCUGGCACCUCCUUGGAGUUUACGCUCAGUGCUGUGUGCUGCCCGGAAAGUGGCCGAGUCCCGUGAGCCGUGGGGAGCCCCAGGUGACGGUGGUUAUCUGAGACAGCUCCACCUCCUGGGAGGAGGCCCACCUGGACCUCCCGCUCGGGGGAGGAACACGGCCUGCGUGGCCUGACGCAGGGGACCCCGCACGCUCCGAGGACGCGCUGCUGUGCCCCUUUCUUCCACUGGCACGUUUGGUAAGAGAGGGAAGCUGCUCCCAUCAGAACCACAGCCUGCUGCCACAGCAUGGGCGGGGCACCGUCGUCCUCCUGCUUCCUGGAGCACCACCAAAGAAAUGAAAACGAUACGCCACGAGAGCAGGGUGCGAUCGAGACCCAGGAUGGGGAGGUCACCAGCUGUGCCCACCGCAGCAUCACAGGCGACAUGGAGGUGCCUGCAGGCUCCGGGAUUGACUAUGCAAAUUAGGAGGAGGCAGGAGAGGUCUGCCCCCACCCGGCCCAGCACCAUGCUGGACCCCAAGUGGCCAAAUGCCGGUGCCUCUGGCUGGCUGUGGCCUGAGGCCUGUGGGUUGCUGCAUUUUGCUUAUAGUUCACAACUAUUCUGACACUGGAAAAUGCUGACCUUGGUGGACGGGAUGAGGCCCUGCAUUCUACGCCCCCAGCUGGCAGACAGGCCCUGUCCCUGCUCCACACUUUAUGUCGGGGAGGAGAUGACCUUUUCCUCAGUUUUUUCCCGUGUUUGCACAUUGAAAUGAAGCUGACAGCCUGGCAGGACGCUCAGCCGCUUCGGACCCCUCUGUCAAUUAACUUAUUUUUUUAAUACUUGAAAAGAAGUCACUUCAUUUGUGUAUCUUUACCAGAGACACUGAGCACCUGGCACCCGGGUGCGGGAGCGCAACAGCAUGUGCUGCGUCCUGCGUGACCCGGCCAGGGGCUGCCUGGUGCUCACCGUGUGCAUCUAUUUAUUAGCCUUCCUCUUCAUGUCACUGGCUCAGCUGGCAUCAGGGAGCUGCCCAGGACCCCGAGCAGGUACUGCUCACAGCUUUGUCCCCUUCCUCUUCCCGGUGCCUGCCUCACCCUGCACUAGACCGUACGGACUGCUCACGUGAUGGGGGCACGUUUCUGUUCUGUUUUGGUCCAAGCCAAUGGCGUAGCUGCCGCUCUCACCCUCCCGAUGGGAAUCCUGGCUCUGCAGAACCCAUCCUUUUCUCAGUGUGGGUGCCAGGGCAUCACCUCCCUCCACACGUACAUUAAAGGUUUCCGGGUGGGACUGUGGAAUCAUGUGGCUGGUGAGAAUCCCCUCUGCCCAGCCCGAGCUUCACCCAGAUGGAAACGCCUGUGCGGCAGUGGGUGAUGGGUGUCGGCUGGUCUCUCUUGAGCAGAUAAGCGAUCCCGCCCUCCCGUGGGGGACGGGCACCUGCCUUGUGCCAGAUCUUCAUGGGGCCAUAAAGGGUGGUGAGCCCCGAAUCACUAGCUCCUACAGCCAAACCGUUCCUUUCUCACGGUUCCACCCCAGCCUGGCUCUAUACAGCUCAUCAAGCCACUGAGAUAAUCGGGGGUGGGGUGCUUGUCCAUCAAAGCAGUUAGCACAUAGCCCAGGAAGGAGCCACCGGGCCAGACCCACCUGCAAGGGGCGCUCCAGCUGCCUGCCGCCUCCUGUGGGCUAGGGCCAGCAGGGGCUAGGGGGUGUGGCCCCUCCAAGGCAUCCUGCAAGAGCAGGCCAAGGGGCUGCGCUGAUCUUGGGCUUUCCAUGGGAACCACUGUGCCUCAACUUCAGCAUUCAUCCCCAACUGCAAAGGAGCAAAGAACCCAUCUCCUCGUCUGUCCAGAAGCUGCGUCUUUCUCCCGUGCACAUCCAGGAGCUGGUGCUGGUAGCCGCCACAGCUCUGACUCCACCUCCUGUUCUCACGUGAGGCAACGAUCUCCCUUUUCUCUUUACUUAAAAACGGAGAGAAGAGCGUUCUAGAUUCCAUCUUCAAACCGAGUCUUCCCAUAAAAUUGGACAUGGGGAAGGACCUUCACUGCCUGCGUGGUCUUUCCCAGAGCCCUCCUCUCGAAUGCCACAAAACCGGCCCCGCCCUGGCAGAGGCACCCUCAGCCCUUGUGGCUCCUGCUGACCCCCCCACAGGGAAGCCGUCUGCGCAGUGGCUCCAAAGGAGUGUGGCCUAGGGGUCCGCCGUAAGUGGCCUGAGGUAGCAGGAGGGCCCAGCGUCACCUUCUGGUCCUGGUCAGCCUUAACCCUGGCCUCCUCCACAGCACACACGACGGCCCGCGGUCUGGAAAGCGGACCCGGCCUUCGCAGAGGCGCACAGAGCCGCAGGCCCGCGCAGCGUCACCCGGCCUUCCGCUCGUGACUGCGAGGACGUCGGCUCUUGUAGAGCACUUUUUUAAAGCUCCCAUUUUGUAACCACUAGUUUGCAGUUGGCUUUAAUACUCUGGUGACUUACUGCAUGAAGGGUUUUCAAACCGUGAGAAUGCGUGCAGCUCCAGGCAGGUCUUCUUCCUGAGAGUGCAGUCUUCUCUUGAAGUCAGGGAGGCAGGAUGGAUGCACAUAGAUCACACAGAACAUGCCAGGCUCGAGGCUGAGUCCCUGGAGGUCCACAUGCAGCUUCCCUGGAGGGCAGGCAGGAGGCGCUCCCGCCCCGGGGGCUCCCAGGCCCGUUCAGAUGCUGCCUCCGGCCUCUCCCUCAGCGGCCAUCCUCCGGCCGAUACUGACCAGCAAUGAUGGACUCUUCUUAACCCUUUCAAAAGAAGAAAUUUUUCAGUGGGACAGAAAGGAGAGUUUAAAAAAAUUUUUUUUCUAAGGUGGUAACAUCUGACCCACAAGGGGAUGGGUCUGUUUUACGUGAAAUAAAAGUUUUUCAAAGAAA